AUGUCGGACGAACAGGAACAUCCAGAACACCCACCACCGGAUUACCACACCAUUCCCCGCAGAGCAACAGCGAUCGAGUGCAUACGAACAUCCGCAGCCCCAUCUCCACCUAGCCGCUCUUCCCAGGCAUUCAAGGCCAACGGCACAAUAUAUGUAGCUGGCCAGGUUGCGGCUGCGCCUCGUGUUGGUCUUGCUAUUGGGUCGCCCUCUUCUAAUGCUGAGCGGAUCUUCUAUAAUAUAGAGGUUAUCCUUAAGGCUGCCGGAUCUAGUCUUGACAGGAUUGUUAAGACAACGGUUUAUUUCAGGGACUGUUAUCAGGGCGUUUCGGAUUUUGAGGCGGUUUAUAAACGGAAGCUGCCUUUUGCUCCGCCGCGAACUACUGUUAUGGUCUCUAAGAUGGAGAAUAGGGAUGUGCAGAUGGAAGUUAUUGCCGUGGAAUAG